AAACAAUUUAUUUAAUAAUAAAAAGCAAUAAAUAAUAGAUUUAAUUAUAAUUAAUAGAUAAUUAUGUCUGUAAUCAAAGUGGACAUCAAUUGGACACCAUUUCAGGACAGAUUCAUAACAUUUGCAAACGAUUUAAAACUAUUUCAAUGCGAAUCCAUUGGCAAAGAGUUGCUCAAGAGUUUCGCCGGGACACAGAUAUCGGACAAUACGAUCGCUAACAUCAUUGCCACCAACGGUGACGUCCAGUUUGUUAAAUGCAUAGCAUGUAAUCCCAAAACGAUUCAUUUGGAGAACGAUGUCCUGUUGGCCACCGGCCAGACCUCUGGCAAAGUACUGCUCACGUGUUUUCGCUAUAAUGCGGACAAUUCCGGAGUCGUUGGCCGAGAGUUUGUGCCGAAACACGCGCGACAAUGCAAUUGUCUUGACUGGAGUCAAACGGAUCCCAAUCUGUUGAGCGCCGGUUUCGAUAAGUUUCGCAACGACUUCGCGACACUCGUUUGGGACGUCCAAAGACAGUCCAACGCAAUGGCAGAGAGCACUCAAUCCUAUUACCAGAAGCCGUUGUAUGAGUUGGGCUUCGGAGAGCUGACCCAUUCGUUGAAAUGGUUUUCCUAUCAAAAGCACACAAUUGUCUGCGGAAUGAAUAACAAACACUUAAAGAUAUUUGAUUUGAGAGAUUCCGGUAAACCGAAGGCCACUCUCACUAAAGGCGUUUACGGACUCGCUUUGGAUCCCUAUUAUGACAAUAGAUUCGCCUCUUUUUACGAAAAUAAUAUAUUCGUUUGGGACAUACGAAAUGUGGAGAAACCGGUGACCACUAUCGGUCCCGAACCCCGCAAUAUUGUUAAGAUCGAGUGGUGUCCGACGAGAUCUAAUAUGUUGGCCUCACUUAUCAAAGACGCCUCCGGUAUCAAACUCUUUGAUAUCAAGGAUUACGUGAACGCUAACAAUGAUUUAGAGCCCACAAUCAUUGACCGAAUUAUUAAUCCAUACGAUUUGUCUAAUAAAUCAAAAUUAUCUUCAUUUUCAUGGCAUCCGUCACACGAGUCACGAAUGAUUGUCGUCACGCCUUCCGGUUCUUUGCGUGAUAUUACAGUCGCCGAUAGGAUUACUUUGAACUGGUCACCCGUUUCGGAGAUAGUCUGGACUCACGGCAAGAAAAUUCUUCAGUGCAUUGAUUCCAGAGAUAGUGUCUACGAGUCUAUCGACGACAUAGCGGUUAAAAUGAGAAGUUUGGCGCUCAAUGGCUAUGGACUUCACGUA